CACACCAACCCUUUAACGUUUCUGUGGCUUUGUAGACUUGGCUAGCGGAUGCCUAUCUUUGUGACAGGCCAAACACCUACCUCUUCAGAAAAAUCAACUUAAUACAACGAUAUUCACCUCAGCGACACAUCUGAUAUAUUGGAUAAAUCGUUUCAAGACAAAGUGCUGAUCUACAGAAUAAUGUAACAUUUCCAUGGUUGAAAUCAACGCAGAUACCUUGAGAUGACCACAACUCCAGGAUUCACAGUGAGCCCCACAUUGAGCAUGACCACCCACCACUGCUGUUAAAAGUACCCUGCUGGAGCUGGCUAGCAUGCCGUGCUGGCCUCCACACAGUAGGGGGCGCCAUAGCUGCUGAGAGACGAGUCGCCGAGGGGAGCCAGUGGGGGAGGAGGAGGAGAGGGCUGCCCAGGCCCGGGGGGCGGCAGCAAGGGAGGAGGAGGAGGAGGAGGAGGAAGAGGAGGGGCCCAGCAUGGACGACUUUGCCGCCCGCACCUAUGGCACCAGCGGCCUGGACAACAGACCUCUGUUCGGGGAGACGUCGGCCAGGGACCGCAUCGUCAACCUUGUGGUCGGCCUGCUGUCCAUACUUCUUGUGUUGAUCACAGUGAUCAGCUCGUUUGUGGUGCCGCUGCCUCCUAAGCCCCUCAACAUCUUCUUCGCCGUCUGCGUCCUGCUGCUCUGUGGCUCCGUCCUGGUGCUGAUCUUCUGGUAUCGUCAAGGCGACCUGGAGCCCAAGUUCCGCAAGCUGAUCUACUACAUGCUGAGCUCCAUCGGCCUGCUGUGCAUCUGUGCCAACCUCUACUUCCACGACGUGGGCCGCAGCGUCCAACCCACCUCUGCCUUAUGAGAAACCUCCAUCCAACCCCCCCUAUGGAGGACCUCAGUUGACUUUACCCUUCUUUAGAUUGUUCCGGAACCCUACCCUUGCAAAUGGAACCCUCGCCUCCAUUCACAGAAAGGUUUCCGGAAUGGAAUUUUUCAACAACAAAAAACUGGAGCAGGGGACAAAAGGGUUCCUUGUUAUGUUGUUGUGGGCUGGAGUGGCCAGUAUGCCUUUUGGCAUCCAUUUUGGAAAAAAAAAACAACUUUUGGUUUUUAUACAUAUAUAUUUACACCAAUGUAAGCACACACUGCACAUUAGCCAAUUAUGCAAAAUGCAAAUGAAGUAUUAAAACGGUAGCACUGUGGAAUAGACGGACAGUUGCAGCUGCUUGUAGACACAUGCCAAGAAUAGAUGAGACAAAAUGCCAGCCACAAGUAGUCAGUUUCAAAGCCAUACCCAUCAUCUCAGCUAACCUUUUUUAUUUCAUAUAUAAUCAUAUUCUUAAACCUUAAAAUGAACACGUGGAUGCAAGUGCGCACAUUCCCGACUGAAUUUAAGAGUGACUGAUUCUUGUUUGCAAUAAUUUGUUACUUGUUUGUGGACUGAAAGACAUUCCCAGAAUUGAAAGCACUUGAUGGGAGGCUGUACAAUACAAUAGCCUCGACCCGAUUGCCGUUGAUUGUUCCAUCACCACCACCACACGUCAUAUAAAGUCUUACACACCACGGGAGGAGCCUGUGCAAUGAUUGUCUUUUCAAGCGUUGGGGGAAGAAAUUAAAUUGUUGUUUUUGGUAAUAAAUGAGAACGUUAAGAUUU